AUGGACCGGGGACACGUAGCUGACUGCAUUGCCAACUUUGGCUUCGGUCUUCAUUAUUGGGACGUCGACCCGACGAAAGGCGCAACGAUUCUACAGAUGUUCUGGACGGCACAAAUGUUCUAUAUCCUCGUCCAGGUUACAGCCAAAGCCUCAAUUCUCAUCCUCUUCUGGCGCAUCUUCACGGCACGCUGGUUCCGCAUCACCGUCUGGGGCGGUGGUAUCUUCCUCGUCACACACGGUCUGCUGUUCCUGCUCCUCAUCGUGUUCCAGUGUCUUCCCGUGCGAGCCAUCUGGGACAAGUCCCUGGAUGCCAAAUGCCUCAACAUCACGGCCGUCGGGUUGGCCGGCGCCGCUUUCAGCAUCUUUGAGGACAUUGCCAUCCUGCUCAUGCCCAUACCAGAGGUCCGUAAGCUGCAGCUCACGUUGAAGAAGAGGGUUGCUGUCUGCCUUAUGUUUGGCAUCGGUUCCUUCGCCUGUGUUACCAGUAUGGUCCGCCUCAAGUACAUGGUCUCCUUCGCCAACUCAUCGGAUCCCACAUGGGAGAAUGUUGACAUUGUCAUAUGGUCCAUGAUCGAGGUAACGUGCGCCAUCAUAUGCGGCAGCCUGCCGACUUUGCGACCCCUGCUGCAGAAGGUGCCAGGCCUGCUCAGCUCGGGCCGCACAUCGAGUUCCCUUUACGGCGGUGGCGCCUUCAGUAACACCGCGGUCACAAACGAAAGGGGCUCCCAGCGCCGCUCCGCUCACCCUGUGCCCGGGGACUUCAACAAGUUGCCGGGUGACCACUGGGGUCCGCCGGGCCGUUCUACGGCAGCGGCGGACUACGCGCCCAAAAGGGCGGCGCAUGUUGGAGUAUCGCGGGACUCGGUUAGCUUGGAUGAGUUUGAGAUGGCAGUCAUAGCCAGAGAAAAGUCUGGUGUUUAA